AUGCCAUCAUACAAAUCACCACAACAAACAACUUCACCAUCUUCAUCAAAUACUACAACAACCCCAACUUCAACUUCAAUACCAUCUACUUCUAAACAUCCAGCCUCACAAAAUACAACACCAUCAUCUUUAUCAGAUAGUAGUAAAUCUGCAUUUUCAAAACCAUCAGAACCAUUAGUAUUUUCAGAUUGGGCAGAUGACGAAGAAGAAAUGGAUUAUUCAAAACCUUUGGUAUUUAUAGAUGAGGAUCUUGGUCAAGCUAAAGAGAGAGAAUUGGAGUUAAAGAAACAAGAGGAAUUAUUAAGACUUCAAGAAGAAGAAGAAGAAAGAGAAAGAUUACGUCUCAUCGAAGAGGAGAUUAGAUUAGCAGAAGAAAGAGAAAAACAAAGAAUCGAGGAGGAAUUAGAGAGAAAAAGACAAGAAGAAGAGAGAGAAAGACAAAGGAUUCAAGAGGAAAAAGAGAGAAUCGAAAGAGAAAAACAAUUAUUAGAGGAGAAAAAACGUAAAGAAAAUGAAGAGAUUCGUUUAAAGAUGGAGAUAUAUGAUGGUAUUGAAAAACAAAGAAAAGAGAAUGCCAGAAAGAAAUUAGAAGAAAUGGAUGAAAAAGAGCGUUUAGAAAAAGAGGCAAAAGAAGCUGAAAGAAAGAUUAGAGAAGAAAAAGAGCGUUUAGAAAAAGAGCGUUUAGAGAAAGAACGUUUAGAAAAAUUAAAACAAGAACGUUUAGAAAAUGAAAGAUUGGAAAAAGAAAAACAACAACAACUUUCUUCUUCAUCAUCGUCAUCUCAAAAAGAUUCUUCUUAUUCAAAUAAACCCUCAUAUGGUGCUUAUACUAGACAAAAUAGUUUUGGUAGACAACAACAACAACAGCAACAACAACAACAACAACAACAAGGUUCUGGCUAUAAUUCACAUUACAAUAGAGAAAGAGAUAAUAGGGAUAGCAGAGAUAAUAGAGAUAAUAGAGAUCAACACAAUAUGAAUCGUGGACAAUACGACCAAAGACAACCACCUUCUCAUAUUAAUGAUCAACAAUCAUCACAACCUACCCAAAGACCAUCAUAUAGUAGAGAUAAUAGUAGAGAAAACCUUCAUCAGAGAAGAAUGAAUGAUGAUCAUCACUUUAAACAUGAUGAAAAUGUUAAAAGAUUCGAAUCUGAACAACCGCAUCAUUCUUCUUCUUUUAAUCAACCACCAUCUUCACACCCACAACCACAACAACAACCACAACAACAACAACAACAACCACAACAACAACAACAACAUCAACACCAACAUCACCAACCACAACAGCAAUCUCACCAUCAACAAACUCAUCAUUCUUCAUUCCAUUCAUCUCAUCAUCAACCACAAAGUGGAUUUCAACAAAGACCACAUGAUGAUAGAUGGGGUAAUGAUAAGAGAGAUGAUAAUCGUGAUCGUGGUUUUGGUUCGCACUAUAAUAGAGAUCAACAAAGUGGUUCUUACAAUAAGCAUCAAGAAAAUUUCCCCAAAGCAAUUUUAUCUAGAUCAAAUAGUAAAGAAGAACAUCUUCAUAUUAAAGGUCCACAAAAAUUCGAUAAUAGAGAUAGCAUAAGGGAUAAUAGAGACAAUAGAGAUUUUAGAGAUAAUAGAGAUAACAGAGAUGGUGCAAGAGAUAAUAGUAGAGAUGGUGGAAGAGAUAAUAGAGACAGCAGAGAAAGACAAGACCAAAGAUCAUCAUUAGAAAGACAAAAUUCAAUUGAAAAACAAAACUCUGCCCUAUAUAGAGAAAAAUCCUCAGAAAGACUUUCUCAAUACCACCAACCAAAAAAUCAACAAUCAAAUCAACCACCAUCCAAACAUCAACAAUCACCACAACAGUCAUCACAACAAUCAUCACAACAGUCAUCACAACAAUCAUCACAACAAUCAUCACAACAAUCAUCACAACAACAAUCACAAUCACAAUCACAAUCACAAUCACAACCACAACCACAACCACAACCACAACCACAACAACAACAACCACAACAACCACAACAACAACAACCACAACAACAACAACCACAACAACCACAACAACAACAAACACCACAACAACAACAAACACCACAACAACAACCACAACAACAACCACAACAACAACCACAGCAACACCAACAACACCAACCACAACAAUCCCAACAAUCCCAACAACAACAACCACAAAAACUACAACAACAACCACAACAACAACAACCACAAAAACUACAACAACAACAACAAACAAGUAAACUAGUCACCUCACCAACAUUACCAUCUAAUAAUAACUCAACAACCCAACCACCAUUAAAAGAAACUGUAAACUCCGAAUCAUCAACACCAAUUGUGCCAUCUGGUUCAUUAGAGGAUAUUUCACAAGAACAACCAAAGAGAGAUUCUUCAAAGAAACCAUUAUCAAAUAGCGGUCAAACUAAAGCUCCAUACAACAAGAGACAAGAUUAUUACGAUAAAAACAACAGGAACAAUAACAAUACAACUGGUAGUGGAGGUUUUAACAAAAACUAUAAUAAUAAUAACAAUAACAAUAACAAUAAUAAUAACAAUAGCAAUAGCAAUAAUAACAAUGUAAGCAACAAUAACAAUAUUAGCUCAAGUGGUAACUUUAAUAGAUAUAACAAAAAGGAUUAUAAUAAGAGUGGUGAAUUUGUAAGAAAAUCUACCUCCACCGAAUCAUUUAGUGAACCAACCACCCCAAUGGCCGGGAAACCAACUAGCGCAAGUGCAAAUCAAUCUAUUGCAUCAAGUAGUGAUGUUGUUCCAUCACCUCAACAAAAAUCUUCAACUGAAUCAUCUUCAUCUUCACCUUUACCACCACCAACAACAGAGCCACAAUCUCUAGAUGAUAGAAAUAAGAGAGAUAAAUAUUUCAAUAAGAGUUUUAAUAAUAAAAACAAUCCAAAUAAUAACAAUAGUAAUAGUAAUAAUAGUAAUAAUAAUAAUAAUAAUAAUAACAAUAAUAAUAAUAAUAUUAAUACUAUUAAUAAUAAUAAUAACAAUAAUAAUAAUAAUAAUAAUAAUAAUAAUAAUAUUAAUAUUAAUAGUAAUAGUAUUAAUAAUAACAAUAAUAUUAAUAAUAACAACAGGGGAUUGGACUCAAAACGUGGUUUAAACAAUAGCAAUAGUAGUUAUCAAAGAAAAGAGUAUAAUUCUGAUUUUAAUAGUAAUGAUAAAGAUUGGAAGAAUAAGGGUAAACAACAAAAAUCAUCGCAACCACAACAACAACCACAACAACAACAUCAAAAUCCAUCACAAAAUAAACAACCAAACUCUCCACAUCCAUCAUUAAAUAGUGCACCGGUUAAUCCAACACCAGCACCUCCACAAAUUGCACAACCUGCUCAUGCACCUUGGUCAAAUCCAAUCAAUUGGAAUGAGUUAAAACCAAUCGCCCCACCAACAACUACGACCAACACCACACCUUCAACUCCAGAGCAACAACAAUCCAAUACUGCUGUGGCUUCCUCUUCCCAACCUUCAACCCCAAAUCGUUCAGCCAACAAAUUAAAUAAUAGUGGCCCAAAUAAUAAUAAUAAUAAUAAUAAUAAUAAUAAUAAUAAUAUUAAUAUUAAUAAUAAUAAUAAUAAUAAUAAUAAUAAUAAUAAUAAUAAUAAUAAUAAUAAUAAUAAUAAUAAUAAUAAUAAUAAUAAUAAUAAUAAUAAUAAUAAUAAUAAUAAUAAUAAUUAUAAGAAUAGAAAACAAGAAAAUAACGAUCAACAGCAUUAUAAAAGAAAACCAAAUAAUCAAAAUAAUAGUAACAACCAAAAUAAUCAAAAUGCUAUUAACAACCAAAAUGAUCAAAAGAAGAAAAUGUAUGUUGUAAAAGGUCAAAACGAUGAAAUUUCAAAUAAAUAA